GGGUGUUAAACAACAAUAAGAAGACAGCUUGCCAGCUGUUAAUACACACCUAGGGAGACAAAAUGAUGACGGAAGUACCAACUAGCGAAGAGGAAUUCAGCAGUUCUUUUUCGGACACAGACAGUGAAACAAGCCAUCCAGAAAUCUGGACUGCUAACGAGAGGAAUAAACGAUCUCGAGAAACGACACCUAACUGUUCAAUGGUUUUCUUUAUCCUUGGGGUUUCUCUGACAGCACCGUUCAUCACUUUCGUCUCUGCUGCUGAAGAUGUAUUAGCAGGAACAGAUAACGCGACCGGACUUGUCAUAAUAGCGCUAACAGCGCCCUCUCUUGUUUUAAAGAUUGCGUCGCUCUGUUUCAGAGAAGUGUCUCAUGUAGCCCGAAUGUUUCUCGUGUCAGCUUUUAUUAUUGUGGGCCAGUUGUGUGCGGUUUUUAUCACACACAUUGGAGGACGUUUUGCUGGGAUUUGCCUGGUUUCUGUGGGAACAGGAAUUGGUGAAGUCAGUUUAUUUAUGCAAGCCGCUAAAAAAUUGGAAGAAGUUGCCUUGUGCUCGUUCAUAAUCGGAACUGGAGUUGGAGGAGUUUUGGGCGCUAGUCUGUAUGUAGGUAAGAUAUCUCCAGAAAAAAAUUAUUUCUGUUCUUUCCCUUAUUAUCUUAUUUGGAUCUUACAAUAAUACUUCCACCUUUUGUAAAGUUCUCAAUCUUCGACAAGCUAUGCUGAAUUCGAAAAAACUGCUUGAAUACUGUAUUUAACUUACUCUUCCAUGGGUUCUAUACUUAGUGGCCAAAGGUACAUAACUAAAUCAACAAAUCCCUCGUUAUUAUCUUCCUUUUAACUUUUAUUUUCUCAAUAGCUACUGAUUAGACUUGGCAACAUUUUAUUUUAUCUAUUGUAUUUUACACCAACAUUUCUUACAGUGGGUUGUGAGAAGACCUCACCACUGAAUCGAACUUGAUAAAAUGCAACUAAGUCAGAUAAAAUUUUGUUAAUUUUUUAAUAUGCAUAUUUCAGGCUUUCAUCCAGCGCUAAAUUUUGAAAACUUUGUAAGUUGCUUAAAAUAUGCAUUUGGGAGUCUUUUAGAGGCCUAAAACUCAAUAUUACGUCCGCAAAGCGGUUUCUUUCAACAAACAGAUAUUUUCUCUCCUCUGGCAUGAAUUUAUAUUUUUUCCUGUUUGUAAGUGAACCGUAAAACCAACAAUAGAGCCAAAUAUAAGGAAUCGUGUCCUGAUAUUGAUGAACAGAAGAAAAUACAAAGACGUCAAAGCACCGUGAGAUUUUUGCCGAUUAUUAUGCCACUAAGUGCAAAACUUACAAACUUAACUAUUUCAAAUUUUGGAUAAGCUCAGCAAUUGUUCGUUGCUGAGUAUUACUCUUUUUUAUCUUUAUUUACUUAUUUUUUAUUUUUUUAUUCAUUUAUUAACACUAGUCUAUUUCUGAUAGAUGUAUAUGAAGGAAAUGAUAUCUUCAUCUACUUCUAUCGCCGGGUUGUUGACAAGUGGCCAAGCUCUGGAACAAGUGUCAACGCUGAAUAGAAAUCGAAAUAGACCUUCAAACUGUUCUAGUAAAACUAUGUUAGCAUUUCACUGCAACAUAAGUAAACUUUCUGGUGAAUCCCAACAAAGAACUUAUUGCCGAGAACCCCGAUUUUUCUCUACGUGAGUACGUCAGCCAAUCAGAAAUGAAGAUUUGCAAGACAUGUAAAUGGCUAUACCGUGUGGCACGAAAUUUUUGCAGAAGUUUAUUUUUGCGGAUUGCCGAUUUUUUGUGUUUUGCUGGACCUAAUUUUUGCGAUUAGUACAGAUUGGUUUUUCUUGCUGGGAAUUAUUUUUUGCGAUUUUCAGAAAGUACCCAAUACUGGCCAGCAUUGAUAAUAUUUUUGUCAUUAUUGAGUACGUGCAAUAAAAAUACAUAUUUUCUAGCAAUAAGCCAAUAUUUCGUUGUUUCUGAAUGAAGGAGACGAGUUGUGAUUGAACAGACACGAUUUCUUACUACUGCAUUUUUUUGGAGCGAAUUUAUUUUAAGUUAGAGAAUAUUUAAUCUGGAGUAAAUUUUUGCGGGAAAAAUUUUUGAGGUAAUUUUAUUUGCAGGAACUUAUUUCCGCGGAUCGCUGGAAAAACCGCAAAAAUUAGAACCCGCAAAAAAUUCGUGCCACACGGUAUAUCGAGGAUAUUGGUGUUUGAGGCCAAUUCUGUGCUGAAGUCAUUGCCUAGUGCCUUAACCCAUACACGAAAUGCUCCUGUAAACUAAAGUUAUGAAAAAGAUAUUAACUAAACAAACGUCGUUUAUCGAAGUACCGAACUAAUAAGCUCGGCUUCAGCUUCAGGGGAAGGAGCGCGGGCUCACUUCCCGAACAGCGGCUGGUAAUAGAGCCUGGAAGGCUCUUUGUGAAUAUAUACUUGUCGUAUAAAUCAUAAUGCUAAAGCCAACUCGAUUAGGUACAACAUUUAUUUAAAGGUGAACUAAAUUAUGAUACAUUAUGAAAAAUUACUAUAAACAGACCAGCAGACAGAAGUGGUUGCAUACAAAACAUGAAAAAGUAUUCUUACCCUUCAUUCUCAGGCACAUUCGGGAGGAGUAAAAUUCUUCUUAAAAUAAGAACUCGCACACAAUAUGUCUAUAGCCAAAGCUACAAAGACACGAAGAAAAGAGCGAAGAGCAGAACUCAACCUGACUAAACCCUUCCACAUCUCAGCUAUCGUAAACUCCACAUAGAAUCAGAUUCUUGUUGCAUCGUGUUUGCGUGUACAAAGUGUUUUUACUUCUCCUGAAGAGAAUGAAAGUCGGCAUUCGAGUAAACAGUCUCUAAAGAGACUUAUUUACCAGUCACAAUUCGUUUAAUAGACUGAUAAACCAAUCAGAAGUCGUAUUAAACGCAGCUUUCGCCCAGCGCAGGAAAAAAGGCGGGAAAAGCCGUGCGCUCAAAACAAGAAUUUUUUUAAAAAAACUUAAAAGCGUUCAAAUGCAGACUCAUUCCAUUUAAUGGUUGUAAACUUAUUCCUUGUCACUACUCGUUUCUUGUAUUUUGACUCGCCCUAAAGACUGGCCAAAAUANACUAAACCCUUCCACAUCUCAGCUAUCGUAAACUCCACAUAGAAUCAGAUUCUUGUUGCAUCGUGUUUGCGUGUACAAAGUGUUUUUACUUCUCCUGAAGAGAAUGAAAGUCGGCAUUCGAGUAAACAGUCUCUAAAGAGACUUAUUUACCAGUCACAAUUCGUUUAAUAGACUGAUAAACCAAUCAGAAGUCGUAUUAAACGCAGCUUUCGCCCAGCGCAGGAAAAAAGGCGGGAAAAGCCGUGCGCUCAAAACAAGAAUUUUUUUAAAAAAACUUAAAAGCGUUCAAAUGCAGACUCAUUCCAUUUAAUGGUUGUAAACUUAUUCCUUGUCACUACUCGUUUCUUGUAUUUUGACUCGCCCUAAAGACUGGCCAAAAUACAGCGUGACUCGUAAAAAUAUAUCACGAUACUACACGUGCACACUAAACCGUCCAAGAGGUGAGUUUACGUAACAGGACGGCAGGAAGAAGAGAACGGCAAAACUGUCGUGUGUGACAAACGUGACAGGGCUAUUACUUACGUGUUUUGUCGUGAUCUUCACUUACAUUAAUGCUUUCUAGUCUUUUACGAAAAGACCUGUUUAAAGAGGGGUGAAGUUCGGCGGAAACGUUUUUGAAACAAAAUUAUUGUCACGCUUGUCACACAAGGUUUGCCGUCUUCUUUCCUCUGCCGUCCUGUUGCGUAAGCUUACUUUUUAUUGUUGAUUUAGCAAGAUAUUGAAUCAAUUCUCAUUGGUGAAUCUGUUUAAUUUUCACAGGGUUGACAGUCUGGGCGACUGUGGAUCCAAGAACCGCCAUUAUAGUAUCAGCAAUAUGGCCGCCAAUAUUUCUCUUUACAUUCGUUGCGUCGCGGGGAAAUCUUCAUCUAUUCCGCUACUCCCAAACUGCCGAAUUCUUUCCUAGGAUACAACAACGCAAGUUUGAAAUAGACUGUCGCUUAUCGCCACGCUGGAAAGAGCGACUUAGAACCGUGUGGAACUCAUCUCACCAUAUGCUAAUGUUGUUCUUAGUUUAUUUUAGCGAGUAUAUUAUUCUCUCAGCGAUUCUUUCCACACUUAUCUUUGAGGGUGUAGGGGUGGGUCCGGAAUUUGUUCCCCGGGGACAUUUUGAACACUACGUCCUGAGCACCAUGGUAGGCGAAUUCCUGGGCCGAACAUUCAUUUCCAUGCUCCGCACUGUCUCUCCUGGAUUCUUCUUUACUUCAGGCCCAGUCCUGGCACUUUUACCUCUUGCUGAGACGAUCUUUCUUAUACUGGCAACCUGGUAUCAACUCAUUUCCCAAGUAUGGGUUAUUUGGUUGUUGUGCUUUAUCCUGGGUACAGCUUGUGGAAUGAUUUUCUCCAACUCGUAUCACAUCAUCGCACGAAGGUUCAUCUCGCAUCACGUGAUAUUCAGUAUCACUCUGACGUCGAUACUAGAAACCGCUGGCAUUCUGACCGCAGGAUUACUCGGAAUUCACGUAGAGAAGACUUUGAGAGAACAUUGCUUGCACCACUUCGGCAAUAAAUCUGACUGCCUUACCCGAAGCAAGGAUUCGUCAUUUUGGGAAUACGGAAACAGAUUUAAUUCUGAUGGAAAAACUGCCCUUAUUCUAUAA